AUGUAUCUCCAACGACUCCUUCUGGCCAUUGCGGUCGCCUUAUUCGCCGUCGUUGUCCUCGCCACCGAAGAUUACUACAAGACCCUCGGAAUCGACAAAACCGCUUCCGACAAAGAUGUAAAGCGCGCAUACCGCACGCUCAGCAAGAAAUUCCAUCCUGACAAGAAUCCCAAUGACGAAAACGCGCGCGAGAAGUUCGUCGAAAUCGCCGACGCCUACGACGUCCUCUCCACCAGCUCCCUACGAAAGAUCUACGACCAAUACGGACACGACGGAGUCGAGCAGCACCGGAAGGGCGGCUCGGCGGGUGGUGGGCGCGGCAAUGACCCAUUCGAUCUAUUCUCACGAUUUUUCGGAGGAGGGGGCCAUUUCGGACACGCGCCUGGUGCGCGACGGGGACCUGAUAUGGAAGUUCGAGCCGCGCUGCCACUACGGGACUUCUACAAUGGGCGGGAAAUUAAUUUCCUGGUGGAGAAGCAGCAGAUCUGCGAUUCUUGUGAAGGGACAGGAUCUAAGGACCGGGAAGUUGUUACUUGUGACCGGUGCUCGGGACGGGGUAUGGUGAUUCAGAAACAUAUGCUUGCGCCCGGCAUGUUUCAGCAGGUUCAAAUGGCCUGUGAUAAAUGUGGAGGGCAAGGAAAGCAGGUCAAGAACCCUUGUCCUGUUUGUGCUGGGCAGAGGGUUGUUAAGAAGGGGGUUGAGACUUCUGCUUCGAUUGAGCCUGGCAUGGGUAAGGGGACUCGGCUUGUUUUUGAGAACGAGGCUGAUGAGUCGCCCGAUUGGGUUGCGGGUGAUUUGAUUGUUGUUUUGGACGAGCAGGAGCCUGAGCUUGGUGCGAGCGAGGAAGAGAGGACGGAUGGGACUUUCUUCCGGAGGAAGGGGAAGGAUUUGUUCUGGAAGGAGAUGCUGUCGUUGAGGGAGGCUUGGAUGGGAGAGUGGACUCGAAAUGUUACACAUCUUGAUGGUCAUGCUGUUGCGUUGAGUCGGAAGCGUGGGGAGGUUGUACAGCCCUUUUCGGUGGAGACGAUUGUUGGUGAGGGCAUGCCGUUUUACUCGGAGGGUCAUUUGCACGAUCAUCACGAGGAGGGCGAGGAUGAACCGGGCAAUCUUUACAUUGAGUAUGUGGUUGUUCUGCCGGAUCAGAUGGAGAGUGGCAUGGAGAAGGAUUUCUUUGCUUUGUGGGAGAAGUGGCGCAAGAAGAUUGGGGUUGAUUUGGGAGUUGAUAGUGGUCGACCAGUUUCUUUGCCAGCGGACGAGCACAAGGAUGAGCUGUAG